UCCAGCAGUUUAAUAAUACCCAGAUAUUAAAUGGCGGCAAGGGAGGUGUGUUAUCUCUGUUUGACGAGAGGACUGGCUGAUGCUACAUCAUUGACCGACAGGAACCGCUUAGCAUUAUGGAUUCUUCGCAACAUUAAGGAUACAACGUGCUCGUUUGAAUCAGCGAAGAUCAGUCUGCAAAGCAGUAGUGUUUCAGGAGAUUUGAUAGAUGGUUUUCUUCAGAGAAUGGAGGAACUGAAGGACAAUGGCAUCAAUUACCUACUAGACAUCAUAGACUCUGCAGAAGAACUGAUAUCUGUCAAUAAACAAGACGAAUCUCAGUCAGUCAACAUAAACAGAGACAGCCCCAUUGGUGUCUUCAUUCGGCAGACAAUAUUGCAUGUAAAGAAACUCGAUUUGCAUCGCCUCACUGACCUGUAUGACGACAUCAUUCACUACAUCAAUGGUACAGAUGCCACUCAUAUAGAAGCAACAGAGUCAAGACAAACUGAUGCGUUUUAUCCAACGGAGAAGGAUCGUGCAUUGAAUGAUCUCGCUAACAUGGUGGUCGAGUCUAUGGAUGCGGAGAAUUUUUCUGCGGCUCUGAAUGGGUUGCAGCGCUACUUUGAUUAUAACGUGAAGCCUUUAGACAAGACGAAUCCGAACGGUUUGUUGGCUAUUCACCACGCUGCGCUUGGGCUUGCUCUACUGCAUCACUACUUUGGUCACAUGGAUCAAGCUCGUAUGGCUGUGUACGAGUGCAUUCGUCUGUCGCAGGCUCAUAACGAUGCCGACUGCCUUGAACACGCGUUGAGUUGGCUGCAUGUCUUGAUGGCAUCUGAUGCUCCAAGUUCUCGUGCACUCAUUGAGACAUUAGAAGAGAGAGCCGAGCAAACAAAGCACACAGGCAUUGGUAUUCUUGCACGUCUAAGGCAUCUUAGUCAAAUCAUUAAAUCGUCUUUAUUGUCACCAGCCACUGUGUUUCGUGAAUUUGAACCGAGUAAAGCAGCUGAAAAGGCCAUCUUUGGAGUUGGUACUUCGUCAAGUGGCCACGUGCUGCAAAGUACACUUUGGAAGAGAGCAGGACAAAGGAUUCUUUCUUGUCUUCAUGAUCAGCAGCUUUUGAGAGACGUUGAUCGUGAUCAACUUGUUUUGUCAGGUAGCUCUGAGAACAUCAGAAAUAUUCAAACAGUUGCUAAGAUGGCAUGGCAUGAAACGUUUGCUAUUGCUGUAGCGAAUCGAGCCGCUGCAUUAGCGGAUCAUGGACAUUACAAUGCUGCUCUGGAACACUUAGCUUUAGCAAAGAGUCACUGCACGUCUAAGUCACUUCACAGCAAAAUAUGGAUGACGUGCCAACAACAAGUACUCUUUAAUCGUGCUGUGUACAGUGAGAACUGGGCUUCAGCAGAACGGGCUGUACACAAUAUUACAACUUUGGACUCAACAGAAGGCUGUAUACGGGAAGUCAUACUUUGCUUGUCUAAAGAAGAUUAUGCUGCAGCAUUCGAGAAAGCCAGCAGCUGUCUACAUAAUAUCUUAGAUGUUACAGAAAGUCGAGAAUUGCAACUGCGGCUGUUUUUGCUGAUGGCAGAGAUUCAUUUGGGUACAGGACAGCUUCGUGUGGCUUUGGAUUAUGCCAGUCAGUGCUUAACGAUGUCACGUUGUCAUCAUUUUGGAAGUCUUGAGAUGCAUGCCAUGUUGUUGUUAGCUCGGAUACACAUACAAGUCGGCCAGGUGAAUAAAUCUCUCGGCUUCAUUAGGACGGUCAUGAUUGAUGUUUUGUCUCAAGGAUCUCAAUUUUUGAUUGGCCUUGCUCAUUUUACAUUGGCACAAAUUAUGAUGUAUUCAGUAACUGCAGAGGUAGACAUAGAUAAGACAAAAUGGAAAUCAAGUUGCAAUGCAGUAAUUGUCACAUUGGAUGCAGCAUUGUUGGCUUUCAGACGAAUUUUUGCUCUGUGUUAUAUACGCCAAGUUUCCCAUUACCAGGCAAGGGUAUUUCAUCUGAUGGGUUGUGAGGCAGAGAGGAAUCGAUGUGCUGAUGAAGUAAGAGGUUUAAUAGGAUAAGUUAACAAUUGCACUAGUUUGUAUGGAAUCUUGUUGUAUGACUGAUGGACAUGUAAUGAUGGGAUUAAAGUUUGAUAGAAUGCUUAUCAGGCACCUUAAUUGUGGCUGUCAUAUCCUAUACUUUAUUAAUUAAUUUGUGUAAGAUCAGUGCUUUAAGUAGUCAAUUAGUGAACUUUUCUGGGACUUACGAUUUCAG